AUGGACGGCUUCUUGGAGAUGAUGGAGGGCCGCUGUGAAGAGCUUCGUAAAGUGGGCUAUACCAACUUCUUCAUUUCCAUACUUAUCAUUAUUGGUAUCAUGUUCUCGUAUCUUCUUCAGCACUACCGGAUCAUUUCCCGUGGCACGUCCGAAGGGAUAUCGCCCUACUUCGUUCUACUGGGCGUGACCAGCGCGAACUCCCAGUUUGGCAAUAUCUUGGUCUUACCUCAAUCGCGAGCCGAUGUCUCGUGCUGCACCGAAGUUAGUCCCUUUGAAUGUGCGGCCGGACUCCUAGGCAUAGCACAGAUUGGGGUACAGUGGAUUUGCUUUGCCAUCAUUCUUGUUUUGUUCCUGAUCUUCUUCCGUCGAGACGAGGCCAAUGUGGAUGAGGAAGAGGUAGAGAUGGAUCCAGACCAACCUUCAUGGCGGACAGCUAUCGGCGUUGCUGCUCUUUGUCUAAUCCAGGGUUUAUUUAUUGUGAUUAUCUCCGCUGCACUUGCUCUCGGUGCCCCAAGCUACCUCGGAGCCUGGGCCAACACCCUAGGUGUCCUAUCUGCAUCUCUGGCGGCUAUUCAGUACAUCCCUCAGAUCUGGACCACCUACCACCUGAAGCAUGCCGGUAGUCUGAGUAUUCCAAUGAUGUGUGUGCAGACGCCUGGUGGUUUUCUCUUUGCAGCCAGCCUCGGCGCGCGGCUCGGGUGGGCCGGCUGGAGCUCCUGGGGCGUCUAUGUGCUUACCGCAUUUAUGCAAGGCAUUGUACUCUGCAUGGCGCUGCGUUAUGAGUGGCCAUCGCGCGAAGAACGAGACCGCCACCAGUCUCGGCCAGCAUACAAUCGGCGGACGACACCCCGGGUGCUCCCUUCGCCUGGACCGUACUCGGCGCAUCUUCAAGCGUAUGCCGAAACCCAGGAGGAAAUUGAAGAGGCCCUCGACCGAGAGAGCGUUCAGGGAGUCGGUGAGGACCAGCCCUUGUUGGCACCCGGCGGCAUUGGAAGCUCUGGUGUCCGGUGA